GAUAACCCGCGGGAAUCAGUUCUCUUCUCUCCAGAAGAAAGCAAAACGAGCUCGCCGUAGCCAACGAAAGUUCGAGAGGGUAUCAUCACAAUCGCAGCAUCUCCGAACGGUAAUGGCGGAGAAAUUGGCUCCGGAGAAGCGGCACGUCUUCGUCCACAACGAUCAGAAGGUGUUCGAGUGGGAUCAGACCUUAGAGGAGGUCAACAUAUACAUAAGCUUGCCUCCGAAUGUGCAUCCGAAGCAGUUCUAUUGUAAGAUUCAGUCCAAACACAUCGAGGUUGGCAUCAAAGGCAAUCCGCCCUAUCUCAACCAUGAUCUGACCUCUCCUGUGAAGACAGAUUCAUCAUUCUGGACUCUAGAGGAUGACACAAUGCACGUAUUCCUCCAGAAGAGGGAUAAAGGUCAGACCUGGUCUUCUCCCGUAGUAGGUCAGGGUCAACUAGAUCCUUAUACCUCUGACCUGGAGCAGAAGCGUCUCAUGCUUCAGAGAUUUCAAGAAGAGAAUCCAGGAUUUGACUUUUCCCAGGCCCAGUUCAGUGGAAAUUGUCCUGACCCAAGGACGUUCAUGGGUGGGAUCCGGUCUGGGCAAUAAUGCAGAUGGACCUCUACUGAUGGAAUCGUGCUGCUAGGCCCCAGCUGCCUUUGGUAAACGAAGUAAAUAAUUACAUCUACUCUCUCUUGUGUAACUUUGGCCAACUAGUAUAUAACCCUAGAUGGUUUUCUAUGCUAAGUUGGCGACAGCUUGAUCUGGCUGCUGUCUGUCUGAGUUGGCUUUAGUUGUGUUCAUAGCCUGCUCUGUGUUGAUUUAUCUUCUUUAUUGUAAAAUCUAGUGCUUAGAGCUGUCUGUCUUACAUUAUGUGUCCUGCCACUUGGGUUGACAUGGUGCUGCAAUUUGGCUGAAACUAAUAUGGAAUCUGCAUUGAUACCUGGGCAUCCUAUCGUAUCUUUAUCUCUCCCUAAAGUUUGCAGCUCUUUUUUAUUUUUGGGCUGUGUUGGAUUAUUAAUAAUGGAUCUUGUUUAGUAAGAAAAAUCGGAAGGCAGUGGAACGAAAUCGCCAUUGUUUCUUACAGCAA